AUGGGUAAAUGCAAGUUCUGGACCUUAAGGUCCAACUUUCAGGGACAAGCGAAGUUGUCGGAUUUUCAGCUUGUAGAAGAAGACAUCCCUACCAAUCUUAAGGAUGGAGAAUUGGUAUGCGAGGCGUUGUACCUGUCCGUGGAUCCUUACAUGAGAUUAUUCUCGGAUUGGUCAGAAGUUGGCAAGCCCGUCGUAGGGGAGCAAGUAGCCAGGGUCACGGACAGUAAGAACGCAAAAUAUCCCGUCGGUUCGGUAAUACGUCUGUCGUCCGGCUGGAGAUCACAUACACAUGUCAAAGAUGUGUCCACUAUCGACGUUAUGCCCGAAUUGGGUGAUCUCCCUUUGUCGCUCACACUUGGAGUAAUGGGAAUGCCUGGGAUGACGGCAUAUUUCACUUUGCUUGACGUUCUGAAAAUCAAGAAAGGCGAGACGUUACUUGUGAGCGGCGCAGCAGGUGCAGUAGGAAGUCUUGCUGGACAGAUCGGUAAAAUAAUGGGAUGUACAGUAAUCGGCUUUGCUGGGACAAAUGCAAAGGUCAAGUGGCUAAAAGAGCUAGGGUUUGACCAUGCGUUUAAUUACAAAACUGAAGACGUGGGCAAGUCUAUUGACAGGGUAGCUCCAGAUGGUGUGCACUGUUAUUGUGAUAUGGUUGGAGGCGAAAUCAGUUUCCAGGUCAUCAAACGUAUGAGGGAUCAUGGCCGAAUGGUAGUGCUUGGUUCCAUAUCGACGUACAACAACUCUACUGAGACAACAGGCCCUUACCUGUUUUCGGAUAUUCUGACGAAGUCACUCACUAUAACUGGAUUCAUCAUAUUCAAUAUCCGAGAAAAAUGGCACAUUGGUGAGAAACAAAUGGCGGAGUGGAUUAAAGAGGGUAAACUGAAAUAUAAGGAGACAAUUACAAAUGGAUUUGAGCACAUGCCGGAAGCCUUCCUCGGACUGUUUUCAGGUGAAAACACAGGAAAAGCAGUGGUGAAGGCGUGAAUAAGAAUUCCAUAUUGUACAUAUAAAUCUUUGAUAAGAAUGACAAUUCUAUAAAAUUUUAUAUAGAAAUGCACAUCCUCGUCUUGAUCUCAAUAAAGAGUUCUGAGUCAUAGUUAUGUAGACGUCUAAGAGAAGAGAAACUAUAACUCUUUUUCUUUAUACGCACCUAUGUUAGGUCAUUAUACAUUGUAUUUACUGGGAGAGUCUUGCAUUAUCCUUUCAAUGGUCUUGUCAAACUAGCUUUAAAAGUUUCACGAAUGUGGUCGAUGUGAAAACUUUGUCUUUUCUAAAUAUUAUGCCACAAAAUAAUGAAC